UUUAAACCUUUUUUUUUUUUUGUUAUUGACUUAACCCCGUUCUGUUUUAAGUCCCAAACUUAAUAAAUACAAUCCGGCGCGAGAAGUCAAAAUAUAGAAAAAUGACAUCUACAAUGUUCUCAACGUCCAAUCGACAAACAAAUUUAAAUAUACUGCAUCCUAAAGGGGGAAACUUACAACGAAAAGCUCUAACAGACAUUAAAAAUGUUCAUCAACCUAAAACAGUGUCAUUUGAAACUUCAAAACAAUCUAUUCAUUCUACGAAAAAGAUAAACGAUAAAGAUUGUAAUGUUUUUACACCAGGGCCCAAAAUAUUAAAGUCAACUUUUGUUACUCCAGCAGGCGCCAAAUCAAAUAAUAAAGUUAAAAUUGCAACAUCUACAUUCAAGAUAUUUGAUGAUAGUAAAAAUACCCAAAAUGUAGAGAGAUGCAUAAAGUUAUCUAAAAAUAAGCAUCAAGAACCAGAUGAAAUAGAGUAUCUUGCACCAAAUAACGAUGCAGAUUACAAAAUUAAAUUACCUGACUAUGUGGAGAAAGCGAUCAACUAUCAACCCACAUAUAAUAUGACAUUCUCUAAAGAUGAUUCAUUGAACCUUCAAGCUAUUGUUACCAAUCUACAACACCAAAUAUUUGAGAAAUCAAAUUACGAUAUUCCUGACCAAGACCUUUUAACUCUGAUUUCUGAGACAAGUAUCACUGAUGAAGAGCUUUUAUGGAAUAUUGAAAAUGACUCGGCUUUCUCAUUAGAUAUGUUAGAUGAAGAGCUUCGUUACUAAUUUAAUUUGUUAAAUUUUAGAAUAUUAUUUAAUAUUUAUGAAGUUUUUUUUUUGGUUUUACAUUUUUAUUUACAUAUGAGUGAAAAUUUGUUAAAUAAAAAGUUAUUUUAAGGAUCAGGUUUAUCUGCUAAAUGCAUGAAAUAAUGCCAAAUAGAUAUCUACAAUAUGUUUGUAAAAAUGAAAUAAUUUUAAAACUUUGCUGAGGUUUCAGAGUAAUUUCUCGAUUCAGUUUAUUUGUUCAAUGUAUACUUAAGGGAUAUAUAUUUUGUAUAUUUUAAAUGUUAUAUGUGUCACUAAAUUUUCAAUAACUUAGAUGUUAAUAAUAGUUUUAUUAAAAAUUUUGUUUCUAUCAAA